CGUUGAACUCUUUUUUUUUUAUACAGAUCUGGUCGUACAGUACUACAUAUGAUGAUGUCCAAUUUUGGCUACCUCGCCGACGGUCGCGCGAACGCUAGUAGCUCCUGAACGUUAACGAACCUUCGAACUCCUGAAGCCCUGCCAAGUAUCCUGAUGUUCUAUCAUACUUACUAUGCGUGCUGCAGACAACUUAAACCAUGGAUGUUCUGUCACCGCAUGACUCAAUCGCUGGACAUUGAAAUAUCCAGUGCGUUAGUAUACCACUAACUCAGAGUUCCCCACUCGCAGACAUUCCAGAGUAUGCCCCUAAUCCCAAGUGACCCAACUUCGUGGUCAUUCGAUACUAAUACCUAUCGUGUUUCCAACUAUUUUAUAGUCGCAUCGUCCGCUGCUGUGGUCUAUGACUGGGUAUUGACAUUCGGGCGAGAGUAUAAACUCAUCUGGAGGCAACGCCGUUCUCUCAUGACUGUUCUAUAUAUCAUCGUGCGCUGCAUCGGAUUACUAUACUCUGUCGGCAACGUACUGUUAAAUCUCCCGGGAGUCUUGAAGACAGACACGGGCAAUACUAUGAACUUCGCUUUAUUCUGGACGAUUUUUAUCGUAAAUUCCAUGCUGAGUGUCAUCGUGAUCACUCGGUUACAUGCUAUGUAUCAGCGAUCCAGAAAGAUGCUCGUCUUUCUAGUUGUAGUUCACUCCUCCAUCAUGGUUCCCUGCGCAGUGAUUGGUGUAAUAGGAAGCAACCAUGCUCCCACGAGGGUGAUCCUCAUCAACGACAUACAGUGCAUUAUCGAAGUCGACAAAGACGAACAACUUUGGUUGCUCGAGGUUUACAUGCUCGCAACUGUAUGGCACCUACUCACACUGUGUCUUGCAAUCUGGAAUUUUGUAAAACACUUUCGUGAACUACAACCACUAUCGACAGGACGGACUUUCAUCGGGGAUUGUUCCAUGGUGUUAAUGAAAACCCAUUUACUCUAUUUUGCAUUCUUUACUGCUGGAUGUGUCCUCAACAUUGGCUUGUUAUCUCCAGUGGUCCUGGAUGUAUCUCGCUUGGAAGCUCAGAUUUAUCGGGGCAUUCUUGAACUCGUCACGCUCUUCCAGAUGUUUGUGGUAGGACCGCGCCUCAUCCUUAGCGUUCGAGAAUGGCACGCCGAGUUCCUGGUCAAGUCUGAGGAAGGAAUAUUUGAAUCACCUGCAAUCGCUUCCCAGGACCCCUUACAAGUGCCAACUAGCACUAAUGUGUAGGAAUGAUCAAACACCUGUCGGAUACCCUGUACUCAAUGCUAUGUAAAUUUUAUUUGUCGUAGUACUGUAACUGUAAAUGGGACGAAGGCUGCGAUUGCUGGAUAACACAA